AUGCCGUUUCAGCAGCGCCAGAAAGAGCAGAAAGAUCAGGACGACCAGCCAAAGUUGCUCAUCGUCCCCUGCAGCCGCCAUGACAUGAAGCGCUCGCAUGCUCCGUUCCUCUUGACGGAGAAGCUGCGGGACCGCUUCGAGAAAGAUGUGCUCAUUCAAGUGGUGAGCCAAGCGCAGCCACAGCUGCGGCUUUUCCUGCGCUGCCAGCCCAAGGUUUUCCUGAAGACCCUGGAUGGCAUCAGCAUUAUGGAUGAGAUCACCCAGUCCGCCAAGAUUGUCGACAAGCAGGUGGAGCUGCGAGUGGCCGACAAGGUGGAGGCGCGACUAGCGGAGGUGGUGGUGUUGGUCUUCGAGCGCUACUUGUCGAAGCGGGACAUUUGGCACCUCCACGCGGCGAUGAUGCAGGACGGCGGGCAGAUCUUGUACGCCAACUUUGACUACGUGCUGCGGCAGCUGGUGCCCAACAGCCAGAUCGACCGCCUCAUCGCGGCGGGGAAGUCGGUGCACUCGGGGCUGGUGGAUUCCGCCACCGAGGUGUCCUUCAAGUCUGCCACCGCGAAUAUGGUGGUCCUUGUGCAGAUCAGCUCUGAGCUCUUCGAGUUCGGUUUGUCGGGAAGACCCUAUUGGGAGGCCUUAAUCGAAUGCUUCCAGACGCUGGUGGACAAGUCUUUGAGGGUGACCAGGGGCAGUGGGCACUAUAUCCGCAUGAUGAUGUUCACCCGGGUUAGAGGAGUCAAGCUGGGGCCAAACUUCAAGGUGGACCAGGACACCUACGCCAAGCCCAAGGAAUCUCCGACGGAUGUCGAGGACUUCUGCGAUGUCUUCUGGGAAGGCUUCGCUCGAGUGAUGCCCAGCGCCCCUGUACUCGCAGCAAGGAUCCGACGAGUCUGCAUGCGAUUGCACGAGGAGAAGCAUGGGAGGGUGGACCCUGGGAGCCAAGCCUGGUGCGACGAUGAGUGGAGCGGCUUGCCUGCCCACGGCAUUGUGGAGGCAGCCAGAGGCAACAUCCUGGAGAGCCUCAACUUGGUGCUGGACGUGUUCGAUCGGCACUACCUGGACCGGAUGCUGCGGUCCACUGGCCAGGCGAUGGUCCUGCUCUCCGCAGGCAACGGGCUGAUCGAGUCGCCUUCCAGGGACCUCUAUGAGCUCACUCACCGGCGCUUCGCGAUCACGCGGCCUAUGACGUGCCAGUUCGUAUGCACUCGAGGUCCACCAAUGCAUCCAGUUCCAUGGGUGCAGUGGCCUGGAGGCCCUGGCUACGACGCGCCCCUCAUGGAGGAGGAAGGCUAUGUUUCGCGCUGCUGGGUGAAGUGCUGGCGAUUAGAGAAGAAAGCGAGGCGCGGCGCCAAGAGAGAGCUGGGAGCGACUCGCGGCCUCAAGGUGAAGCCAGCCGCGAGAGAGAAUGAGACCGCCUACGUGUACGAGAAAUUUGACAAAUUUCAGCUGCACGCAGCAUUGAACAAUUUCGUGUCAAUGCCGGUGGAGCUCUGCGGAAGCCGAUUGAAAGCCGUGGAACCGGUGGACGAUGCGUUGGAGCAUCAGAUUCGGACCAAUCCGGGCAAAUUCUUUGUGCCGCUGAGCAGCAAGGACAACGACGGGAAUUCCAUCAAGGCGGUCUAUGCCGCUGGUGUGGGAUGGCGGGAGCGACCCGGCCGCAAGGCAGUGCUGGGAAGGCUGCUGCAGGUGGGCAAAGUCUUCGUCCCACACUACACGAAAGUGGAGGAUCUGGCUGGCCACCUUCUGCACCGAACUGGCAAGAUCCGCACCCUGACCUUUGACGUGGGCACAGACCUGCGCGACUGCUGGGGCCAGCUGCGUGAUCCGGGAAACCGCUCGGUUUGCGACGCGCAGAACAUCCGGGACCUGAUGGAGGACGUGAUGCGCAACUCUGCAGAGCUGGACUCUGCUGGGAAGAGUGGUGCCUCCAUCGUCACCAACAUGCGCCGAUUUGUCGUGAAGAACUUCAAGGACGCGGAGAAUCCGUACAUUGUCCGGCAAGUCAUGCCAACAUUUGCCCGCAAGUUGACAGAACAUGCGAGAGCCGAUGGAGGUUGCUUUCGAACGGCGGUGGCCCCACUCUGCGCAGUGCUGGACCUGCCCAAGGCAGACGACAGCCUCGAACGCACCCAUUGGCACAUCCUGCGAAAGGUGGAGCUGGAAGCAGAGAGUACUUCACUGGUCUUUCAGGACAACGACAGGAUCAACUUCCUGGACUUGAAGGGCCCCAAGUUCUCCGGUUGGCGAGAUGGCAAGUCUUGGUUGGGGAGCGCGGAAGACCGCCACCGCAAGGAUGCAGGCUUCACCGAGCUCUUCCCCUCGGGUCUGCCCUUGGCUCCCUGCGGCGCCAAGGAAGCCGCGCGGGCGCUGGAGCUGGACUCCGAGAUGCUGCGCGACACGGAUAUGACGGACUACUCUUUGUUUAUGGUGCCCUACACAGCGACCUCCGAGCCGAGGUGUGGCUGCGAUCCAGCUGUGCCACAGUGGCCGCUGGUCUUGGACGCGGAGCACGCUGGCAAGCAGUACCGCUUCGCCGUGGGCAUUAUCGACUACUUGGAAAGAAGUGUCUACGGUCUCAACAAAGUGCUUCACUUCUCCAUGAGCACGAUGAGAACUCCGACAGUGUAUCGGAAUUGGUGGAUGCUGAUGUGGCCCAUGUACUUUCACAUCCCGCCGUUCUCCUCGACCCCUUCAGGGCAGAUCACUCCGCCCGCUGGAUCGGGCCUUGCGGAACAGCUGACAGUCGGACAGCGCGUGGUGGCGGUCGAAAAGAUCAAGUGGCGACGUCACAGCGAGAAGAUCACGACACGGGGCGAUGAAGUGCGGAAAUGCUAUCAGCUUAGACUGUUUGAGACAUCAUCCAGAGACUCAUCCAGCGGCUCCGCAGAGAAGGUCUAUGCCGGCUCCGAGGGCACCAUCCUGCAGCUUACGAAGUGCAACGGCGAAGGGCCAGGCAUCGUGGUGGUGUGGGACGAUACGGACCAGGACGAGGUCUUCGAGGUGGGCGCUGAGCAGAUCAUGGGCGCCACCAGCGCCACCAGCGCCUGCACUCUCGUGAGACUUGAGCCGCCAGACCUGCCCCGUUCACCGCCCUGGAUUCAAAUCGCCUUCUACCCAGAGGUGCGAUUCUGCCCCUGCAGGGCAGAGGACUGGGUCGAGGCCUCCUUUAUGCCGCUGCUGGGAAGGUCCAAAGAUUCCACCAUCAUCCCGCACUGGACAAAGGCGGAGUGCUCCUUGAGUGACCUUCCAGCAACAACUGCUGCAACACAGCGGACACCCAGCAAGAAGGCGCACACUAUCCGAUGGGCGGACAGGCGCCUUUGGGAGCAGGUGCGCACGCCCGCGUUGCGCUCCUUCUUCACCCGUGAAUGUGGAGAUGAUGAAGGCUUCAAGUUCCCGCGGUACGUUUUGGCGCCCAGCCGCUUUGAGUAUACGGACCUGGAGUCGGAGAAGGUCAAUGUGAUGCAAGACCUCGUGGGCCUCCGCUUGGAAGUGACUCCGGGAGCUCAGCUUUAUGGCUUCGAUGAGGCACUGAACGAGCCAGCGCUGCCCGGGAGUUUGCCUCGUGAUGAGUGCGAGUCCCCGAAGAAGGAGUGUGGCGAUAUGGUGCUGCAUGGCGAGCUGGUGCCCAAGUCUUUGCAUUGCCUGGUGGUCCGCACGCCGAUGAGCAGCUGGAAGUUCAGCUCGCAGUUUGGGAACUUGGAGGUCUACCACCAGGAGGGGGACUACGAGGAGCUCCACUCCACGCACCUCUACCGCUUCUACAUCCGCCGGCACCUGGUGCGACAGCGGCAGCUCCUCGAGGAUGCGAAGACACCCACGGCACCCAGCGAGUCCUCGCAGUGGACGAAGUCCAGGGUCAGCUUUCACCUGCCGGUGGAGCCCGAUUGGAACGCCCUCGACAACGUGGUGGCGGGCGGUUUGAGGAUGCCGCCUGCUUUGCCAUACCCCGUGAAGAUAGGCAGCGAUGGCCCGCUGGCGCAAGAUCCUUGCAUAGGCUGGAUGCUGCGCAGCGCGCUGAAGCAGAACCUCUUCGUGCUGCGGCCCAAGGAGACGGCCUGGUCCCACCUGGAGAUCUUCGAGCGCGCGUGUCAGCACCUCAACGGCAGCUUUGAGGUAGGGACCGACUUCUUUCUGGUGCACAGCGAUGGGGAGGCCUCCGAUCAGGAGGUGCACAAGCAGACGCUCCGCAACUUCCAGUCCUUCAAGCGAGACUUGGAGCAGCUUUGCUUCGGGCGUUGCGAGUCGGAGACGGUUGCUUUGGACAUCGCUCUGGAUAACACGGGCCACGAGUUCAAGGUGGAGCGAGGGAGGCACACAGUGUAUGUUAAAGAUGCAGAUCUGCCAUCAUCCUUCGCAGAGAGCCGCGACUGGUUCGAGCUCUUCUUCGACGACAUUUUCGCCCCGCCCAAGCUCUUCAAUUUCGUGAUCCAGUGGUUGGUCUGCUCCUCUGUCCACAUGAUGCACUUUGUCACCGACUUCAUGCGCAUCUCUGAGAAAAAUGGCUUCAAUCUCAUCCGGCUGCCCAUCGCGCAGCUCUUCCCGCCGCCGGCGCCCCACUGGGUCUGGGGCAAGGACCGGGAGAUAGACCUGGACCGCCUGGCCCUGUACCCCAGGCGGAAGAUCUCGCUGCCGGAGGCGGACGGCACGCUACACGCGGAGCUGCUGCGGUGUUGGCUCUCGCCUCCGCUGCAGUUGAACUUCGUCUACGCCACGCAGAAGGUGGCGUUCCAGGUUCAGGACGUGCGAGAGCUGGCAGCGAGCAUGAAGGAGAAGAGGGGCGACCUUUUUCAGAGGCUGAAGGGAUGGAUCUUGUGCGAUCCCGACGGCCUGUGCCUUGUGGCACUCCGCGAAAAUGUGGCCUACUUCUACGAGAACCGCCUGCUGCUCUCGGCCGCUCGAGUUCUAUCUUUAUGA